UUGUUGUGUGUGAUGGCUUGUGCUUGGGCACAGGACACCACAGACGUGCCCGAGACCACUGAAGCCAGCACCACCAGUACCACCACACAGGUCCCUAUCCUGCGGCAGGUCAACGAAGUCAACGAGGACGGGACCUACACCUACGGCUUCGAGGCCGCCGAUGGAACCUUCAAGCUGGAGACCCGCGACGAGAACGGCAACGUCAAGGGCAAGUACGGCUUCCUGGACGAGUUCGGAGAGCUCAAGAUCGUCGAGUACAGCGCCGGGAACGAGACGGGCUUUGCGCCCACGUCCGAUCUCCUGCCCAAGCCUGUGCCCGUCCCUGAGGUUCCACAGAUUCCCCAGCAGCUGCCGAACAUCCCCACUCUUCCGAGGCCCCAGUUCAACCCACAGCGGGUGCCACAGCCCCAAUUCGCUCCCCGCCCACAGCCCCAACCUCAGCCUCAAUUCGCUCCCCGCCCACAGCCCCAAUUCGCUCCCCGCCCACAGCCCCAAUUUGCUCCCCGCCCACAGCCUCAACCACAGCCCCAGUUCGUUCCCCAACCUCAGCCCCAAUUUGCUCCCCGCCCACAACCGCAACCUCAGUUUGUUCCCCAGCCCCAAUUCGCCCCUCGCCCCCAACAGCCCCAGUUCGCUCCCCAGCCUCAGCCCCAAUUCGCCCCUCGCCCCCAACAGCCCCAGUUCGCUCCCCAGCCUCAGCCCCAAUUCGCCCCUCGCCCCCAACAGCCCCAGUUCGCUCCCCAGCCUCAGCCCCAAUUCGCCCCUCGCCCCCAACAGCCCCAGUUCGUGCCCCAGCAGUUCAGAGCUCAGCCCCAAGUGCCUCAGCGCCCAGUCAACGUGGAACUUGACGGCUUCUCGGAGGACACGAACCAAGACGGCUUCGUCGACGGUUCUCCCGAGGAGGCUGCCAAGGGAAAGCCUGUGCUGCCUUCAGGAACUUCUCUCCUCCCAGCUGGUACCUCCUCCCUCCCAGCACCUCAGCCUGUGCAGCCUCGCCCUCAGCCACAGUUCGUACCUCAGCAGAUCCCACAGGGAUUUAACAGGUUCGUUCCCCGUCAGCCUCAGUUCACCCCGCAACUGACAGCCCAGCAAAUCCAGCAGUUGCAACAGCAACAGAUUUUGGCUGCUCAGCAGGGACAAGUCCCUCAGCAGUUCAUAGCUCCACAGUCUGUUCCACAACAGUUCGUACCCCAACAGCUCGCUCCUCAGCAAUUUGCAGGUCAGCGUUUUGUUCCCCAGCAGUUUGUUGGACAGCAGCAAUUUGUGCCUCAGCAGUUUGCCGGACAGCAGUUUGUGCCUCAGCAGAUCGCCCAACAACCUCAGUUCCGCCCCGUGGCCCCACCACAAGGGGCACCAGCACCUGCUGAGGCCUAA